AUGACGACGCAGGCACCAAAAAAGCCUGUUAUAGUCGUGGGAUCCGGCCUUGCCGGUCUGUCCGCGGCGCACGAAGCACUUCGUGCUGGAGCGACUGUUCGCAUGUUGGAUCGCGCGCCCAAACCUGGCGGGAAUAGCAUCAAAGCCUCGUCCGGAAUCAACGGAGCUGGUACGCGGUUUCAACAAUCGCUGGGUAUCGCUAAGGAUGACAGCUUCUAUUCCGAUACCGUGCGGUCGGCUGGUGCUAGAUUUGCCGAGAGUAGUCCGCCGGUUGACCGCAAGGCUCUAAUUGAGAUAUUAACAAGCCAAUCCGAAAGCGCGGUAAAUUGGCUUGCAGACGAGUUAAAUGUCGAUUUAAGUGUCGUCGCCCAACUCGGUGGACAUUCGGUCCCGCGGACGCACCGCGGCGGGGGGAAACUACCUCCUGGAGCGGCGAUCGUAUCCGCAUUAUUAGAUGCGCUAAAGGCAAACUCCAAUUUCUCGUUGGAGAAUUCGGCCGAUGUAGUUGAGCUACUCUCUGGCGACGGCGCGGUCAAAGGAGUAAGCUAUCAAGUCGCAGAUGGGCAGCCGCAUGAGCUAGAAGGACCGGUGGUUUUUGCGGCGGGAGGGUUCGCGGGUGACGCUCAUGGCUUAUUGUCAAAAUACCGGCCCGACUUAGCAGGCAUCCCAUCCACGAACGAGGCACGGCCGGCUUCUCACGGCUUGCUGUCUGCCGUCAGGGCCUCGUUCGUUGAUAUGGACAGCGUACAGAUUCACCCGACGGGCUUCGUUGAUCCCAAGGACCCCGGCUCGGCGUAUAAAUUUCUAGCUGCUGAAGCUCUACGAGGCGAAGGUGGUAUUUUACUGUCUGCUGAGGGGAAGAGAUUCAUAAAUGAGCUGCAAACCAGGGACGUGGUUAGCGCCGCCAUCAUGGCUUUGCCGCACACGACGGUUGAGAAGACGAGACAGUGGGAAGUAACGCUCCUGCUCGACCCAGGCGCCUGCGAAGCCACCACGUCACAUAUAGGAUUCUAUCUCUGGAAGGGCUUAGUACAGAAAAAGAAAGUUAGGGACUUGGCACCGGAGGUCAUCGCGUCAGUAGACAAGUACGCGACCCUGGUCUCAGAAAAUGGCGAAGACGAGUUAGGGAGAAAGGCGUUUGGGCACUGGAAAUUGCCUCCCGGCGAGGCAAAUAGGGACGAGGAAGUAUGCGUCGGGACUGUAACGCCUGUGGUUCACUUCACGAUGGGAGGCGUGACGUUCGAUUCGCAAGCGAGGGUCUUGCGACCGAAAGAGGGCGGCGGACUAGUACCUAUACCCGGUCUAUGGGCUGCAGGCGAGAUUACUGGUGGCAUACAUGGCGCAAAUAGACUCGGUGGCUCGUCACUGCUUGAGUGUGCCGUCUUCGGUAGGAUUGCUGGAGCUGAGGCUGCGAAGAGCCUAACAAAUGCAUGA